AUGACACGUACCAUACAGGUGAUCAGAAAAAAAUCUGAAGCUAAGAAUUUGAGUGAUCCAUUGCAAAGACAAAAAUUAGCCUGGACCAUCGGCCACGUACUAACACUAGGGUGUGGAGUGUUGUUUUCAGUAACGUACUUCUUCCAUGUGCUUCUAUUCUUCAAAUAUCGUUCGUGGAAGUGGCUAUUUUUAAGAGCUAACAAGGGUUAUAGUAUUAUCCAUGGGGGUAGAUGGUACCACCAUGUAUUAAGAGGCUCACCAACGAUCUUAUUUAGGUUAUCACUGAUUGGCGUUUUUGUUACAUGGGCAGUCACCUUUAUACAAGAUUAUCAGGGCUCGAAUCCAACCUGGAAUGACUUACUGGGUGUAGAAAACUUUCAAGCCCUUUUAAUUGCGUUACUAUGGUUUGUCGGAGGUGGAAGGUCCUUCUACAAGUUGUUACCGUUCAUGAUCUUGAGUUAUAUGCAUCUCAUCAACAAAAAUAAUGAAUUUAAAAAGGAUAGCAAGGAUGAAGAUGUUAAGGUCACCAGAGAAAAUGUCAAAUUGUUGCAUCUAAUUGCUUAUUCUGAAGUUCUUGUUGCGGUUACUUUACUCUUAGAUGCCAUUCUUUUCAAGACAGGAACUUCUGGGUUCAUGUUUGUCAUUUAUUGUUGCAUUUAUUGGUUAAGAUUAAAUUUCUCACCUUAUGCUCAAGUGACUUUACUAAGGAUCCUUUCCAAGUUUGAUAAGAAGAUCCCACCAGCCCAUAAACACAAGUGGAACACUGUAAAGAAGUUUUUCUUCAUGAGAAUGAAACAACAUGAGAAGAGAAAAGACAUCGCCAAGAGAACCGCAUGA